CUACAUCAGCAAUUAGGGUUUCUGAGGAUUGAUUGACUGACAAUGAAGGGAAGGUUGAGAUCACGAACUGAACAUCCACUCACGCCAAAGCUGGAAAAAGUUCGAAAUCAUUCCUUCGAGAAGCCCUCAGGUACUAGGAAAGUAAAGAGAGUGAGAUUUGAGAGUCCUGGAAACGAUGGCGGUCAUGCUCAUGUUUCUGCCAGAGGACGUGAUGUAUCCCAAUCUCCGGCAUCCGAUGCCCCUAAGACUUCAGAAUAUGCAUAUUUUAAGAAGGUAAGGAAUGGUGCUGGUGCUGUACGUGGUUAUUCUCAUUCAGCACCUAAAGAGAACAGGCACUGGAGUAGCUCCAAAAUUUAUGAUUCUCUUAGAGAGAACGCUAGAUCCUCUGGCGUGGUUAAACCCAGCUUCAAGGAAUAUAGGUUUUCAGUAGAAAGGGAAGAACCAUCUGACCAUCAAAAUUUCCCCUCACCUUAUGCUAGUGAAUAUGAUGAAGGAAAUCUGACAAAAAUUAAAGAGCCUACAGUUGGAACUGGGAAGAAUCCAAAGCUGUUUGUUCAUGAUGUUACACCCAUUAGACAAUGCCUUUCCUCUUCACCACUCGAUGAAGUGCCAAGAGUCUCAGAGAAACAAUGCCUUGAGAAAGGAAUCUUUGCUGGAAAGAGAAAGAAAUUACAACAAUGGGCUAUUCAAACCUUAUUUCCAGAUGUUGAGAAUCCCCAUCUUAAAGGAUCUGAAUUGACUUCUUCAUUGUUAAGCCGGCUGUUCCCUAAGGGCAAUGAGAAUGAUGAUAUAUUAAAUGGACAGAUUGAUAAAAGUAGAUCCCUCAUAUUACAUGAGGCUAAGAAUCUGGAGAAGGAAAUCCCCUUAUCCCAUAGAAAGGACUGGAAACAGGAUCUCCCAAACUCUGGCAGACCCAGCCAAAUUGUAUCCUGGGAUGGGAAUCAGUUUGCUUGGGGAUGUCCUUACUCCAGUUAUGAUAUACUAAAUGCCCAGAACUAUUCAAGGGAUGGUGGUUUUCAAUUAAACAGAAUGCACAGACUUACUCACACACAGCAUGAUUCAUAUUUCAGCUUGCCAUUAUGGGGAUAUAGAUCUCCUGGUCAUUUCCAUUUUGAAGGGCUAGAUGAAUUUGAUUCUGUAAUUGGACAUUCAAGAGAAGAACCUUCUAGGCUAUUGUUAGAAUGGAACUCUCAAAAGGAGAAUCACAACCUAGAUUCAGCCAAGCUCAAUCAUGACACUACAAGGACCUUGGCUCCAAGAUUGACCACUUCUUGGAAUGCUGAUCAACAGGAAGCUCUGGAUAAUGUUAUCGGCACUGAGAGAAUGGUUUCACCACCCAUAUUUUCAAACCAUUGUUUGCAACUUGAUUCAACUGACUUUUUUACACAGAGUUAUGGACCAAAAUUUGAUGAUAUGAGCCAUGCAACGGCUGAAUCAGGACAGUUUUCUCUGGCUUUGCCUGGCACUCCUAAAUGCUUCACUCUGGCUGAAGAUAUAUUUUCUAACAGCAACUUUAUCUUCUCCCAUGGAGAUCAAUAUUGGCCUAGGAACGAAGUUUGGAAUGGCAUCCAUCAAGACUAUUUUGGAUGGGGAUGUCUACAAUCUAGAGAUUCUGAUGCAGAAAUUUAUCCGAUUUCCAAUUCAUGGCAGUUCCCUCAAAGCCAGAACAGAUUAUACCCUGCUACAGGACUGGAGGAAGCUCUUGGUGAACUUCUUGAUCCUUUCUCUAAAGGUAAAUAUAACAAUAGCCUUUUGCUGCCUAAUCUUAAUUCUUCAUUUGAUGUGCAAUUGCAUUGGCCAUUGUUAGUCAAUCAUGUUAGCCUGGAUAAAUCUGACCAAGAGUUAAGAUUUGGCGAUGAUGAUAGGUUGUUGGAAUAUAGAUAAGACACUGUAGAUUCUUGCCUGCAUGUUACUUUGUUAAUAUUUUGAAAGCCAACACUAAUACUGAUGAGACAAACAUGCUAGUUCUUCAUUGUAGUUUCUUUUCUAGGAAAAUGGCCAUGAAAUCCUUAGAUCUUCUUUGUGUAGGGAUUUCUUUCAGAUGCUUAAUGAAUUUACGGACGUAUCAUCUGGCUAAGUGAUGCCCAUGAUAUGUUUUAAGUUCCAAUUAUUUAUGGCAUGGUUUUACAAGAUACAUACUCAUUGACACCCUUUUUUUCACUUAUUCCAAAUGAACUCCAUUCUUCAAUUCUUGGGCUCGUGCAAGAAGAUUAGGGCAUUAUAAGUUGUCUUGCAGUUCUCUGUGAUAACUGGUACCAAUGCUUGAUUACUAUACAUGUCAGUGUAUGACAUGUUUCCCGGUUGCAUCUUAGCCAAAUAAAUUACUACUUGAUUCCCGGAAGGAAAUUGAAUGUAGAUUAGACCAAUUUUUUUAGAAGAUAGAGAAUAAAUACAACCUAAUUGUUAGGAAAUUAGGUUAUAAAAUUCGGAAAUAAAUUCCUAAAGUAGUCCAGGAACUUGCAAAACAAAUCAGAGCCCUUUGUCUGCCAGGCUUACCAAAAAAAAAAAAAAGAGAGAGAAUAAUGAAUAUUAGCGUUAAAAUUCAAGAAUGUGGAAAAUCACAGAAGCAUGAUAGGUUUUCACUAUGAAGAAGAAUGGAGAAUAAAGUUAUAGGACGAAGCCCACUUCUAAUUGCUUGUACAUGAGUGUGUACACAUGUAAACACUCUAUUAUAGAUACUCAAAU